GAACCAGGAAGGUUACACACACACAGACGGAAAUCGCGUCGAACCACUGCUGCAUCAACGUGCUAACGGUAAAGCUACUUGUUGUCGCUUGGAGCUAACAGAGGGUGAGGAGGGCAUAAGAAGGACAGAUAGGCCUGCUCAUUUCACUGACUGUAAAUACGCACCUGGGAGCCAAAGUGGCGUGCAGUCAUGUGGCCUGUAGUAUGGACAGCGUUGCGGACCUAUGCUCCUUAUGUCACCUUUCCUGUGGCCUUUGUGGUCGGAGCAGUGGGCUACCACCUGGAGUGGUUUAUCAGAGGGACCCCCAAACCUCGAGAGGAGGAGAAGGGCGUCCUGGAGUUGAGGGAGGAAAGGAAGCUUCAGGAACAAGUGGGUAUGGACAGCACGCAGGUGCUUAGCCUGAAAGAGAAACUGGAGUUUACACCCAAAGCAGCUCUGAACAGGAACCGACCUGAAAAGAGCUAACCAUUGCUGGUGCUAGAGACUUGUUUGCCCUUUCUCAGCAGGAGGGUAGUGCACUGGGAGCAAAGGGGAUGAACCAGAGGGCAAAAACACCUAUUCUUCCAAUUCAACACAGCCAUUCGUCCUCACUCCUGGCCAACUAAAAGCAUCAGCUAGCCUGUGUUAAUAUCAGACAGUUUCCAGAAGCAGGAGGGUAAUUGAAAAAAACAAAUACUUGGUCUUUCAUCAAGUCAAAUAUAACGUAUAUUGGAUGUGCUGUAUGUGAUUCUCUGACCUUCCACUUGAUGUCGCACAUGCCUUGUUUGUGCACUGAUCAAUAACUAAAGCAAGUCACUGUAAUUAAAAACACAUUAAAUAUGGAACCAGGCUUUGAACUGGAUUUUGUUGUCCGUUUGUCCUCUGGCUCAAAGAAAAGAGGAACAUUGGAGGAACAUUUUUUUAAUUUAAAUCUAGUUUUACCACUGACACAGAUUUUAUUGUGACUUUGUUACUUUAUUACAUCAUUUCUUGCAUACAAAAAGAUUUUCAUGUUCCAAGCCUGUAACACACAAGUGUUUCUUCUUUAAUCUUUUCUUUAUGUUAAGAAAGAACAUCUGACUGUGAACAUAAAAGGAGAGGAAGAAAGACAGGUCUUUGUUGUAGUUCUUUUUAUGUCAUAUAACCUUUGAUGGUAUGUGACAAAAUAAGCCAGCAGUGUGGGAGGUCUCUCAGGAAGUUUAAGCUACUUAGUCCUGUUGUCUGGAACAUCUACACAAUACUUUCAUUAAUGAAAGUAUGGGUUCUUUUCACACUAAAAUUUUAACUGUGUGUUACUGAAAAGUGUGACAAAUAAAAGAAAUUUGUGUUUGUAUGCUGAAAGUGUGUGACCGAUUGACCAUUCAGUUAAUGUCAGGAAAUGUCCAGGGGAGUUUUCAUCUAGCGAUUUAUUUCAACAAAGUAGUAAAACUUGCAGUUUCAGUAUUUGUCACUUUUGUUUCAGCAGCAUUGUUUCACAUUAAGGUCUGAACAAAAUAUCUUGUCCCUGUUUAUUGUAAAACAAUACUGCAGUCAAGGACAUAAAGAAACAUAAAAUUCAAAGGAAGGAAGUAAUGACUUAUGCUCAUUCAGCUUCAAGGAGGAAAUUAUUUUGGAGAGAACACAAUAGACAAAGUAAUGAUAAGUGGGGAAAUCACCAACCUAUUCACCUUUUGGAAUUUGACCUGUGGCACAAAACUUAUUAAAGAAAAGACCAAUCCAUUCAGGAAGUGUAGCAUUGUUAUUUUGUGGGCUAAAACACUGUUUUUCGUAUGUGGAUAAUGUUUAAUUAACUUGAUUUGAUUAUUGGCUGUUUGAUCAUUACUUUAAGUCCAUAAGCUUCUCUAAAAAAGUGAAAGCUUAUUCCCAGUUAUCGGAUUCAUGACCAAGAAUUUUUUGGGUGAACGCCCAAUCAUCAAAGUCUGUUUCAGUGACAAAUGACUCUUUUACCCAGAGGUAUGAAUAUUUUAGUUGAGAAGAUAUAGGUUACUGAUUAAACUAUAAUAAUUUGUUUGUUAAAUUUUCACAAUAAAGAGCUACCUUCAUAUAAUCUAUAUGAUAGAAUAAACCCCAAAAUAAACAAGAAAUGGAAACCAGUAACAAUGCACAAGAUUUAAAUUUAUGGUUUCCACUCUCAUUUUGCCUCUAUUUCAAAAUAAGAGCAUAUUGUUUUUCAAAGAACCCAAUGAAAAAUGAAAAACUUAAAAUUAACAGGUUAAUUUUAUCGUGAUAACAGCAUGUUAGCCUGGAUUAGUUAAAUCAUUUUUGAAGUACAGGGCCCUCCACAGGUGAAUCUGUUUCUGUGAUCAACAAGCUAGCAUUUCCGCAGUGAAGGAUGCAGUAUAUGUAAAGCUGUCAUUUAUGUGUUUAGAUACAGAUCACAGUUGUGUUGCUGUUAAUUUUGACAUUCAUCAUACCACUAGAGAGUUAUAUGUACAACAAAAUAGAUAGUUGUGAAAACAUUCCUUUUGACAAAGGCAUCAGUAGAAAAAUAUGAGGCUAAAAUUAAGUUUUUCCUUUUAAGGGCAGCUUUUAGUCUUACUCACAAUCCAUCAGUAAUGUCACAGAUUUAUAUACUAGUCCAGUAAAAGCACGGAUUCACGUUCAUAGCCUGCUGACUUUUCCUGUGUGAUUAUUUAAGUCAUGAUUAAAAAUAUGGUAUGUUUAUUUAAAAUAAUAAAGUGCUGAAAGAAUACAUAAUGUAGGAGGAUUGACAUUCAGUGUGAGCACUUGAGUGACGUUGCCUGUACUCGACACGACCUCCCUGUGAAGGCAAGGAGAGGGAAAAGUUUCCACAUAUUCAAUCAGGAAAAUCUUUAUUUUCUUCAUUAUUAAAACAAGACUAGUGAAGUAGUCAGGAAGACUUCAAUAAAAAUUCAUCACUGAUUGAAAACGGAGAAGUUAUUGUUGUUGUAAAGAAUACGGAAUAAUAAAGCUUUAUGAAGCUUUUUAAAUUAGACCCAUGAUAAUAUUUACGAAGAACUCUAAUAACAAUCUUGUUGACACUUUUCCUCGAGCCCCACAGCCUUUCUUGUGUUAAAUAAAGAAACAGAAAGGUCCAUCUUUCCCACAAUCCAGGAGCCCUCUUAG